UAUCAUAUCGUCCUUCCCAGAUGCACCUUGGUGAGAUACGCUAUCAUAUCGCCCUUGUUAUGCUGACUUUCCACGCGGAGCCUCGUCACUGGCGUUCACAGAACCAGCGGUAUCUUUCGAUUCCGCCCCAUCAGAGCAACUGAAGACUUGCUGGAAGUUGCUCUUCCUUUUGCGCCCAGUACACGCGUCCCACACAUACUGUACGUAGAAGUGGAAGAGCUGCUGCCUUGCCAGGCUCAGUUUAGCGCUUCGCCCUCAUAAAGAUCGACCAUGGCCCUGCGCCGUCCUUGCGCGGCGGCCCGCAUGUGCGCAGCUAAGAAGGUGUGCCUUACUGUGCUGGCCGCCUCUACGGUUAGCGGAGUGUGGCCCCUUGCCGCAAAGGCGCGUAGCAGCGUCGCGGAGCUGCAGAAGCAGUUGACUACGGCGGAGCAGCAGGCGCAGGUGGCGACUAAGCGGGCGGAGGCGGCGGAGCAGGAGGUGCAGGAGGUGAAGCAGCAGGCGCAGGCGGCGAAGCAGCAGGCGCAGGCGGCGAAGCAGCAGGCGAAGAUGCGCGUUUGGGUUGGCACAGCACUGAGUUACCUGAUGCUGAUAGUCGUGGCUGGCAUCGUUACCGGCAUAGUACCCCGCAUCCUCUCCAGCAAACUGCCGCCCUCUGUUGCGGAGGUCAUCAAGCAGGCUUUGUACCGCUGAUCGCUUGCACAGGGGCAUGAGCUCUGGCUGGCACUCGUCUGGGUCACAGUGAGCGCAGCCGCCGUUGCCCCGACAUGGCCAUUGACGACAGGCAGCACUAAGGAGCUGCUGGGCCUGGCUCCCGCCUUUGAGGCGUGCGCAUGUGUGUCAAACGCUCUCCGGGAGAUAUACGAGCAAGGGCAGGGGGGAAACGUAGGCGGGGACUGAGGAGCUGGUGUUGAGGGAUGUAGUUGCUGAGGGAAAAUAAAAGCAUGGAUGAGCGCCUGCCAAGGCAUACAAUGUGGGGAGGGGUGGCGAGGUGGUGAGCAAGGCAAUGCAGGGCCACAGACUGCAAUCUGCACCAUAGGCUGCUGUUAUCAUUGAGGCCACAUAUCUUACAGCUGCAGAGGUGCCUCUGUGUGGCAGUGACAUGUGUGAAAGGCCUUACCGGCAGGUGAAUGAUGGGGGGGGGGGGGGGGCUCAGGUGCCGAACUGACAUAGUUGCAAUUGCAUUCGCAUUUUUAGAGAAUUUCGAUGAUUAAGAUACAUGUUCUGUAAUGAAGUUGGUGUGCACUUGAGUGAGAAUGCGUGCAUGGGGCAGGCAGAGUUCGCCUGUGCGUGUUGCGUUUUUUCAAGCACUUCCAGCACUUCCAUAACAGAGGUGCCUCUUGCUAGGCAGGCUUAAACCUGCACAACGCUGCCGUAUGAAGUCAUCCGCAAACAGGCAAAGGGCGCUAUGACCUAUGCACCGGCUCCAGACAGGACCCCAGUUGCACGGACAGGCAGAUACACGGUACAAAGGGCUCAAAUCAGUGUUACACGAGUGCAUAAACGUGCUGACGUCACAGCCUGGCAGCUUCUAGGCACAUAACGCACCAUUUGCACAGCCGAAGAGGUACACACGAUUCAUAUCACCAUACCCGUGGUGUUCCACCCUGGGAAGGGACUCAUGCAAAACUGAGCUUCAAACUACGAACUCACACGCAAAACCCUGACAUGCCUGUCCCGCACCAACCAGCUGGCUUCCCCCAGAGGCCGGUAACACGCUGGGACCUGUAACACUAUAGCUCG